CUUCCUCUUUUGAGAAAAAAAAAAGAAAAAAAGAAAAGGAAGAUGAUGGGAGUAAUAUCUGGAAUGGCAGGCGCAGCAAAGCAGUUCGUACAACCUCUUUCUGCUAAUUAUCGAUGUCAAAAAUACCCCUCACCAUCAUCAUAUCCAACUCUACCCACAUCACUCUCCUCCUCUCUCUGGUCGCGAUGUCUAACCAGGCCGAGUUCACUCACAUCCAGACUCACUCCCAUGGCUGCUUCUUCAACAGUUUCUGAUGUACAGUUGUUAGAUAACGUCGGUGAUGUUCUGGGCGAUGUCACCAUUUUCAAGGCUACUGGUGAACCUGUUAUGUUCAAAGAUCUUUGGGAUCAGAAUGAGGGAGUGGCAGUUGUUGCACUGCUGAGGCAUUUUGGAUGUGUCUGCUGCUGGGAGUUUGCAUCAGAUUUGAAAGCAGCGAAGGCGAGAUUUGAUGCUGCUGGUGUUAAACUCAUUGCUGUUGGUGUUGGAGGUGCUGACAAAGCCCGCAUGCUUGGAGAACGGUUACCAUUUCCUAUGGAGUGCCUUUAUGCUGAUCCUGAACGCAAGGCAUAUGAUGUAUUGGGGUUAUACUAUGGUUUUGGCCGGACAUUCUUCAAUCCUGCCAGUACAAAGGUUUUCUCUAGAUUUGAUUCCCUCAAAAAGGCUAUGGAGAACUAUACAAUUCAAGCUACACCUGAUGACAGGAGUGGUGUUUUACAACAGGGAGGAAUGCUUGUCUUCAAAGGGAAGCAACUAUUGUAUGCUCGUAAGGAUGAAGGGACAGGAGACCAUGCCCCAUUAGACGACAUUUUCAACGUUUGCUGCAAUGUUAAUCCAGUUGCAUAAAACUUCAGCAUGUUGUACUCUAUGCAAUCGGAUGACAGGCUCAACACGUUCUAAUUUCUGGCGCCAUUCAAACUUCAGCAUGUUGUAUUCUAUGCAAUCGGUAUAGUGAAAUUGCCUCUGUUUCAAUAAGCAGAGAAUGUUAUCGCAGUAUAAGAACGUCGUUGUAUAAUAGAUUGUCAAUAUAUUUGAACUGUGAACUCAUAGUUAUAGGUACAGAUGAAUUCAUUCUGUGUAUAUGUUCAAAGCAUGAGGCUAAGCAAAUAAGUUUGAUAAAAUAGAAGUUUCCCAAGAACUUGCUGCUGCAGCCUGCAUGGUUUCUGGGUGUUUUUGAGCA